AUGAUGGGCAACUACGAAUAUACCACGGACAGCCGCGGGGCGCUGUACGAUGAUGACAGGCGCACCGAUGCAACCAAAUACGGACCAGAUAUGCGGGACAGCGUUAGUUCCAUGGCGCCACGCGGAGGACACGCUAGGACCAACGGGGUCACCUUCCAAGACAGCGUGGAGUGCGUGUGCGGCGCCAAACAGCACAUGCAACGACUGCAACAAGACAUUAAAAGGAGAGGAAAGCAAAUCGACCAAGACCAAUCUAAGGUCAGAAACAGAUUUGACGAACUCAGAAAAAGAGAACGUAAACUCAACGAUCUCGAGAAGGAACUGCUCCUCAGGGAGGAGGAAAUGAAGAGCUACAAAAUAUACCUGCAAGAUAAACAACAUAGCAUAAGCCAAAUGCAACAGCAGAAUGAUGCCGCACAACGUGAAUUGCUGCAAAGACUCGACGAAUGUGCGGUACUCGAGGAAGAGUGUAGGCGCAGGCUGGCAGAAUAUGAAAGUGGACUGGCUGACGUCGGGAAGAGAGAGGCAGCAGUUAACGAAACCGCCAGAUCGCUCAAUUCACGAAAGGACGAGAUUGAUAGGCUGGAGCACACGCUGCUAAUAGAAACUGACAGGUUGAAAGAGGUCCGUGAUCAGUGCGCCGCAGCGCGCGAACAGGUUGCGCAGGAGGUGAAACAGCACAGGCGGCGCAUGGAGGAAGAAAUCGAAGACGUAGAAGCACAGAAAAAGAAAAUCCUGGAUAUGGAAAAUACAUUCUUGGACGAAAAGGCAGCAUUCGAUGAUUACGUGAGAGCAAAGAAAAGAGAGCUGGAACAUAGAAUCAAGGAAGUCACCGAUUCCAACGACGCAAGUGAAGCCAUUGCAAACGACCUGAAAAAACGAGAGGAUGCGCUCAACCAUGACGUGCAGCGAUUGCAAACCGAGCGCGAGGAGAUCAAACUCGCCAGGGAAAAAAUAAAGGCCGAGUGGGAUAAAGUUAACCAGGCGCUGGAAGAAAUCAGAAACGCAAAAAGCGAGCUGAAGAGUAUCAAACGUGCCUGUACAAAACAGAAGCGUUUGUUUGACGACGAAAUCGAAAACCAAACGCGGCAGCUGCAAACGUCAGCGUCGGAACACUUCCACUACAACCAGUCCCCCAUCCCGCAUGAAGCAUACAUGGACAUAAAGCAGGCGGAAAUAGAGUUGCAAACACGCGCCAAGGAGGUAGAACUCGCUGCGGAAGAACUCAGGGCGAAGCAAUUGGAGCUCUCCGAGUAUGCGGCACAGCUCAAGCAGCGCGAAUUCACCAUCAAGGAAACCGAGCGCAAACUCGAACGGUACCAAGAUGCUCUCGACGCUCGUGAAAAGGAAUUGGAAGAGCUACAGGCGGAGCUCAUGAACACACGGAACAUCUCGCAGCAGCAAGAGGCGCAAAUGCAGGAGUACAAGGAACAGAUGGCCCUCCUAGCAAUCGAACGGAAUAGCUUAGAGGGGCAAAAGGCGCAGUUUGAGAGGCAUAGAUUAGCAAAAGAGGCUGAACUUAAUGCCGCGAGACAGCGACUUGAGAGAAAGGAACAGGAGCUAGAUGACAAAAUCGCCCGCUACCGCGGAAUCAAAGAUUCGCAACAGCUCGAGAACAGAAUAGAGGUCAUUCGGGGUGCACACCCGUCCAAAAAGGGAGCGAAUCGGCCAUUCUCCAUACCACCCAAGAAUGCUGGCGCAUCGCGUUCAAACUACUCGGACCACAUCGCAUAA